UAACUGCAUCUUAUUCAGUUUACUUUUCCUACAAAAUAACUGCAUCAUAACUGUUUGCUAAACAGAUAUCUGAAACAAGUUUAACUGUUUUCAAAAAAACAAAGUAAAAAGAAGGAAAACUGAAAAAGAGGGACGUGCGUCUUACCAGAGAGAGACAAACGUUUUUUUUUUUUUUGGCUAGAACAUUCUACUCCCUCUAUAGGAACAAGGACAUUUUUCUCAUGGAGUUAAUCUCCAACGCCUCUGACGUAAGAUUGUGUUUUGUGAACCACAUUUCUUAUUUAUAAUUAUUAUUACGAUUUAAUGUUAAUUAUGCAAAACCGUUAUACUUUUCAAUUUCAGGCAUUGGACAAGAUUAAGUUCCUUUCUCUCACAAGAAAAGAGAUUUUGGGCAAAGGAAAGAACACCGAGCCUGACAUCCAGAUUAAAUUAGACAAGGAGAAGAAAAUCCUUUCAAUUUGUGACAGAGGUAUUGGUAUGACAAAGGAUGAUUUAAUCAAGAAUUUGGGAAUCAUAGCAAAGUCUGGAACUUCAGUGUUCGGGGAGAAAACGCAAACGAGUUGAGAUCUCAAUCUCAUUGGGCAGUUUGGAGUUCCCUCAAUUUAUUUUGUAGCAUUACUUUAACUUAUUUUUGCAAAUAAAUUGCAAUACAUACGGAGGUAUGUUCUCAAUAAAUAUUUCUUGCUUCAUCAAUAUUGUAAAUUGUAAUUCACAAAUUGAAUUGGUAUAUACUUAUACUUUUUACCA